GGUCCCCGGAGCAUCCCCAAGAAUUAUUUCCAGGAUUAGUUGUUGCGACUCUCCGAUCCCUCCGACAUUAGUAGCCACUCCACCGACAACACCGACGACUGACAGACAGACAGAACGGAAAGAAAAGAUGGCUGCUUUUGUCAAGGCGAUCAAUGCUAAGAUUCGGGCUCACCCGGUGCUGGAUUAUGUUUGCUCUACGCACUUCUGGGGCCCCGUCUCCAACUUUGGAAUCCCCCUUGCUGCGGUGAUGGAUACGCAGAAGAGCCCUGAACUGAUCUCGGGCCCCAUGACGGGCGCUCUCUGCGUUUAUUCCGCGACGUUUAUGCGCUUCUCCCUCGCUGUCACCCCCGCAAAUUACCUCUUGUUUGCGUGCCAUGCUGUCAAUGAGGCUGCGCAGUUGACGCAGGGGUAUAGGUAUUUGCAGUGGCACAAGUGGGGGGGAAAGGAGGAGGCUUUGAAGAAGGGGGCGCUGGAGGGGAAGCCGGUUGAGGCUGCUGCUGCUACGCCUGCUGCCCGGUAG